AAAAGCUACACCCCCCCCCCCCCUCCUCUCCAAGAGUUGUCAACUGAUCAUCAGGACCCGACUGUAAACAUUCGAUAACCUGUCAGAUUGGGGUGCGGCUGGUGAAUGCGUUUGUUGACGAGACGUGCCUAAGUGUAACUCCUCCUGAUGAUUGUCAGCCGGUUGACGUGUAGAGCGCUGACCUCCCACCUAUGUGCUGGACGAGGCCGGUUGAGAGUAGAGAUGACUCGUCCAAGCUCAGACCUAGCAGAGUUCCGUAAAAUAUUUGCCAAAGCACAACAUAUUGCUAUCAUCACCGGAUCAGGAGUCAGCGCUGAGAGCGGAGUGCCUACAUUCAGAGGAGAAGGGGGCUACUGGAGAAAAUGGCAGGCACAGGAUUUGGCCACUCCUUCAGCGUUUUCUCGUUCUCCAUCAUUGGUGUGGGAAUUCUACCACUAUCGACGUGAAGUCAUGCUUUCAAAAAAGCCCAAUGCAGCCCACAUCGCCAUCGCUGAGUGUGAGACUCGACUGUCCAAACAGGGCCGUUCUGUGGUGGUGAUCACCCAGAACAUUGACGAGCUGCAUCGCCAUGCGGGCUCCAAGAAUGUUCUGGAGCUUCAUGGAAGCCUUUUUAAGACACGCUGUACAAUGUGUGGAAAUGUAGCUGUCAACACAAAGAGCCCCAUCUGCCCAGCUUUAGAAGGGAAAGGCGCACCGGAUCCAAAGGCAGAAGAUGCCCGCAUCUCGGUGGAGAACCUGCCUAGAUGUGAACAAUCUGGUUGUAAUGGACUGUUGCGCCCAAACGUGGUCUGGUUCGGGGAGACACUAGACUCCGACGUCCUGACGGCGGCAGAGAAGGAGCUUGACAUGUGUGACCUCUGCCUUGUGGUUGGCACCUCGUCUAUAGUCUACCCUGCUGGCAUGUUUGCACCUCAGGUAGCGGCUAGAGGUGUUCCUGUGGCAGAGUUCAACAUGGAGGACACCCCCGCUACCAUGAGUUUCAGGUUUCAUUUUGCCGGCCAGUGUGGCAGUACCCUCCCUCCUGCUCUGGAACGUCAUGAGACUGAAACCAUCUGAUCACUGUGUUCUUUCUCUCUUUCUCUAUUCUUUUGUUCAUUUCCUUUUCCUCCUCCUCUCUCUAUCUCUCCCCUCACUCUUAUCCUCCCUUUCAUUGUGUUGGCUCUACCUUCAUCACUCUGUUUUCUCCUCUUCUCCCACCCCCUGUCGUUUCCUUUUCUCUCUGCCUGCACAUGUGCUGCUCUCCUCCCAGGAGCGUUCCUCUGGUCUAGCCCCUUUAAAUAGCCAUGACAUGACUGUGGUUGGCUGCGUCUACCACUCUGUGCAACAAAAGUCUUGACAAAAUAUGUGUGUGUGUGUGUGUGUGUUUGUGUGUGUGUGUGUGUGUGUGUGUGUGUGUGGUUGUCUGUGUGUGUGUGUGUGUUUGUCUGUGUUUGUAUGUGUGUGUGUGUGUGUGUGUGUGUGUGUGUGUGGUUGUCUGUGUGUGUGUGUGUGUGAGUGUUCUGGUAAUCUGGCAGACUGUGCCUGUGCUUGAUCUAAUUGUUUGCCAUUAAAGUGUGUGUCAUCAAAAGGGACUUGAAUGGGGAUUGAAUAAAGAAACCUUUUUGAAUUCA